GUUGCAACAAUGACUAUACCGCCGGAGUUUAAUGGUUGUGAAAAUCUUGAAUUUUCAGAAUUCUAUAAGAAAACUCAUACCAAGAAGAACAAAGAGUGGAUUGAUCCUAUUUGCGCCGUGAAACAUUCAAAGAUGUUGAGCUUGCGAGAAGAAUCUUCCCAAUCCAGUGUGCAAUUAACAUCAGAGGAGAUGUCUAGGCAGGCACUUGGAAAAAGGAAGAGAUACAUUCUUGGAUUUGGGGUUGGGCCGAAGCCCUCUUCAUCUUCUUCCACACCUAGUCGUGUGUCACAAGUCCAUGUUAGGGAGUUGCAGAAACUUAAAGCUAAGAUAGAGGAGAUGAAGAUGGAGCAUAAGGAGCUGCGGAGGCAAUUGGAGCAAGAGAGGAGAGAGCGUGAGGAGGAAAGAAAAGAGCGAGAGGAAGAACAAAAGCAAAUUGCACAUCUUACAAUUUUGGUGACAGAGUUCUUAAAGAAAAAGACUCAAACGCACAAGUUAUCUAUCCAUCAUGAUGGGGCCAUAUAUUCAACUGGUAGUACAAAUACUCGUUGCUUUUGUUCAGAUGAUCAUGGUGGAGUUGUCUACAAGCAGAAUUCAGUUUUUGGUAUAAGAAUAUUUUUGUCUACAUGA